AUGCCGAGCAUAUUUUCCUACCUGAGCUCAGAGAUCGACUGGUGCGAAGGCAACUUUGAGCGCUCGGCGGUCAUCGCGGAGUACUACAACACCAUCAGCAAUGUGAGCUUCUUCAUCCUUUCUCCUGCCCUGCUCUACCUGAACCGUCAGUACUGCAAGCAGCGUGCCUUGCCCUUGUACUUCGUCUCUGCCCUGCUCAUCUGUGUAGGUAUCUUCUCCAGUUACUUUCACAUGACCCUGAGCUACGUGGGACAGCUCCUGGAUGAGCUCUCCAUCCUCUGGGCACUGGCUGCCGCGUAUUCUUUUUGGUACCCAAAGGUUUACUUCCCCAGGUGCAUCAAGAGCAGGAAGCAUUUCUUCUGGUUGAGUGGUGUCACCACCGUGGUCAGCACCUUCUUGUCCUUCAUCAAACCAGCCUUAAACGCCUACGCGCUCAACUGCAUUGCCUUCCACCUGCUUUACCUGACACGGAAAGAGCUGAAAAAAUGCAACGACUACCGGGUUCACCGGACGGCCAAAAUCAUGAUCAUGUGGUGGGUACUGGCCAUCACCAGCUGGAUAAGUGACAGGUGGCUCUGUGGCCUCUGCCAGAUGAUCAACUUCCCCUACUUCCACAGCUUCUGGCACGUGCUGAUAGCCAUGUCCCUCCUCUACUGCUGCCCUCUGGUCAUCUACUUCGAUGUCAACUACGAGAUGCCAUCAUUUAAGCCUAAACUGGAAUAUUGGCCCAGUGACUCCUGGCCUGUUGCAGUGCCUUACGUGGAGCUGGAGCGAUCCCACAAGCAGUGCUAG